CAACAGGCUCGCCUUCAAUGAUUAGGAGCUUGGAACGGGGCGGAGUCUGAAGCAGAUGAUCAAAGAUGGAAUCAAAGCGCCAGUUUGGAUCGAAUAUUGUUGGUUCGACGCUUGUGUACUCACUAAUCCCGGAUAGAAAUCAUUGGUUCGAAGACUAGGUCGGACCACAGUUACCCGAACAGGUAUAUCAUGAUGAUUGAGAUCAACUCCUGGCUCCUUCUAAGAGAGUGGGGCAACCAGGUUCAAUUCUCAAAGGACCAGUAUUUGUUGGUGCAACCCCGCUAUCUCUGGUCGCGUGAAGUGAAAGAAGAGAAGCAGCAACCAUCAAGGUAGAUACCGUUCCAAGAAAAACAUCUUAAAAGGGUACGGAGUACCUUCCAGUCUUAUAAUUGUCAGGCUUCAUCUUUUGAUACUUCCGCUUGAACCAGUCUUGAAUUCUUUUCAUUUGCUGCAGUUGUUAACUACCACCUCUGUUCAACAUGUCUAUGAGCGUAGCCGAGUGUGCCCCAGUCCGUGAGGGAUACCCUCGCCCGUUCCCAAACACGCCAACAAAUGUGUUGGCGCAGAUGCGUCUGAGCGGAAAGGUUGUCGUGGUCACAGGAGCUGCAGAUGGUAUCGGCUACGCAGUGGCUGAAGCCAUGGCUGAGGCUAAUGCCGAUAUUGCCAUGUGGUACAACUCCAAUGAUGCAGCCGUCGCGAAAGCGCAGGCACUGGCUUCUGCUCAUGGGAUUAGAGCUACAGCUUACAAGGUCGAUGUUUCGGAUGCGGAUGCCGUUCAACAAGCAAUUGCGGAUGUCGCCAAAGACUUUGGCAAGAUUGAUGUGUUUAUCGCAAACGCCGGAAUGGCCAUUUCCAAGCCUCUCCUGGAGCAAACACUGGAAGAAUAUCGGAAGCAGAUGUCGGUGAACGUCGAUGGCGUUCUUUACUGCGCCAAAUAUGUUGGAGAGGUGUUCAAGCAACAAGGCUUCGGUAACCUGAUCAUUACCUCUAGCAUGAGUGGUCAUAUUGUCAACGUCCCCGUUGAUCAGCCCGUCUACAAUGGCAGCAAGGCCUUCGUGACGCACUUUGGAAAAUCACUUGCCCGCGAGUGGAGAGAUUUCGCCCGCGUUAACAUUGUCUCUCCUGGCUUUUUCGAUACCAAGAUGGGUGCCAGUCCGCAAACGGUCAACGAAGCUUAUCGGAUGGCGCCGCUUGGAAGGCAGGGCCAUGUGAAGGAGAUCAAGGGUUUGUAUUUGUAUCUCGCCAGUGACGCGUCUACAUUCAUGACUGGCAGUGAUGUCCUCAUUGAUGGUGGUUAUGUGCUACCAUAA